AUGGAUUUUCCAAAAUAUGAUGGAAAUAUUCACCCAAAUGAAUGGAUAAAUGAUAUAAAAAGAUAUUUUAAACUUAAGAAUACUAAAAUUAGUGAUCGUUUGAGCAUUGCUAUUUCGCUUGUAGAGCCUAUUAUUUCACUUCCAUCAGAGAUUGGUAGUCUUGAUAAACUUUGUAAUGUACUUAAAGAAGAUAUUUCAUUCACAGUAUUUAAAAAUACAAAUGAAAGAAUGUUGCAAUCAUUAAAAUAUGUCCCUGAAAAUAAAGGUGGUAAUACUUCAAAAUUUAUUUCAAAAUUUAGGAAGCUAUGUUAUAAUGCAGAAAUUAAUGAUAUAGAAGAACAAAAAAAAUAUCUUUAUAAGUCACUUCCGAUGAAUCAUUUUGAUUCUAUUUCAAUUGAAUUUUACAAGAAAAUGAAAAAUGUUGUUUCAACCAAUAAAUUAAUUAAAGAAUUUGAAGAUUUUGCUAUAUAUUUGUCAAAUUUAAUUGUAAAUGAGUCUAUUGUAGCUUUGAAACAUGUUGCUACGGGAAAAUAUUUAAGUUCAGAAAAUUUUUAUUACAAAACUGGAAGUAAGUCUCAAUUGGUUUUUGUGGGGAGUACAGAGCCUGUUUCAAAUUCUUUAUGGAGAAUUAAAUCUAAUAAAGAAUUAAAUGAAUUAAUUAGUUACACUGAUACAUUUAUAACUUUACAACAUGAUAAAUCUAAAAAGUUUCUUGGAAUAAAUUAUGGAAAGUCUUAUUACAAUCAUAACGAUCGUAGCUUUUAUUAUAAAAGUUUUUAUCAUACGUCUCCAUCAAAUAAUCACUCAGAAGUGAGCUGUAUUAAUACUUCAAAUCAUGGAUAUUGUGUUAAGGAUUGGGAGUUUAACCAUGCUAAAGUAGGAAAUCAUCAGGAAUUUAUAAAAUCAAAUGAUAUCAUUAAUCUCAGCAUUAAGAAAGUGCAUGAUAAUAAUGGUAAUACAACUACAAACGGACAGGUUGAAUUUUUACGUAGUAUCCAUGAUGUUCGAUUUACUAUUGAAAAUGAUGCUUUCCAAGAAGUUCAUUGUCACAAUGAGAAAUUAGGAGGAAAUGAUGAGUGGUGUAUUGAGCUUAUUAAACAAUAUAAUUGGAUCUAA